AUGACCUUGUCUGAACCUGGUCUUGAGGAUACACAAAAGAAGAAACGGUUUUCAAGAUCUCAAUCUAGCUCUAGGACUGCAGAAAGACGAUCUAGUCUGUCGCUCAACCCAUUAGAUCUGGACUUGGGGUUCCUCUCUACAUCUACAACCCUUACCAGUCUUAACAACUGCGGGACUCCACAGUCUACACUUAACACCCCUGGGACUCCACAGUCUACACUAAACACCCCUGGCACUCCAAAGUCUGCAUUCAACACCCCUGGUACUCCAUACUCAGCAUUCAACACCCCUGGAACCCAACACUCUGCAUUCAACACCCCUGGUACUCCAUGCUUGGCAUUCAACACCUCUGGAACCCAACACUCUGUAUUCAACAACCCUGGGAAUCCUGGGACUCCAUACUCUGACACGCCAAUGUAUACAUUUAACACUCCUUUUUGUACAUCUGGGCCUUGCUCCUCAUACAGCACUGGUCAGCCUCAUGGUAUCGAUCCUGCUACUCCUGGAGAAUACAACAGUCCUGAAUUUAACGAUAAUAAGACAAAGAAAUCAAUUCAUCCCACUUCUCGAUUCUGUACUCCUGGUCCGUAUUUUACCAGUCCAAAUCUCCCAACAGAUAAAUCCUAUCCACAAAGAUCAAAUCAGCCUGCAUCCAAGUGUUCAGUUGAUUCAGCAGUAUCAACCUCGUAUCCAGAGUACUCUCAGGGAUUAAAUGUAUCCUCUACUGGAUCAUAUUCUACUUCAGUUCAGAAAUCCAGACUUCCAGAAUAUUCUAGAGAAUCUCAUCCUCUCUACUCCCUAGCUGGAGUACAUAAAUACAAACAAGGAAAAUCUGAUGAGCUUGGAACCGAGUCUACAGGAACAUUGAGGGUCUCAUUUCCAGAACUUGAUGAUGAAUCUAAGUCUUCAAGUCCUGAUCUGGAAGAGCCUAGGCCUAAGUCCAACCGUCAAAUACAGACUGAGAUGUUGAACGCUCUGACCGGCCUGGGGGUAGAAGUCAGGAACUGUACAAACCGGUUUCAAGAGAUGAAAACAAGGUUGUGUCAGGUUGAAGAGUUUAUAUCAGCCAAGAAUCAAUGUUCUCCGAACCCCAAAAUCCAGGAUAUCUACCCGGCCCUAGGAGACAGGAAUGAGAUUGAAGAGGAAGAGGAGGAGUUGAACCUCAAGGAUGAACUGGUUCUCAAGGUAUCAGAUCUGGAACCUUGUCGGUCAAUAAACCCUGAUGUUAGCAGUAUAAAAUCUGGAUCUAGAAGUAGGUCUGAUCUCCACAGGCUCAGUAGUGUCCUAGAGAGAGCUGGGAGGAUGGAGGAGGAGGAUGAGGAGGCUGAAUAUUAUAUUAUUGUAUAA